UUCUCUCUCUAGAAAAGUCAAACAAUGGAGGUGGAUUGGGACCUGCAUGCGGUGGUCAGAGCUUGUUGCUCCACCGCCUCCUCCUCCUCUUCCUCCGUCGCAGCUCCAUCCUCCACCACCACCACCACCUCCACCUCCGCCGCCGCCGCCGCCGGAGUGGCUCCAACUUGGCCUGUAGAUGCUUACAAUCAAACGAAAUCAAGUUUUCUUGAUGAGAAUUUCAUGGGGUUUUUUCCAGAUCCAUUUCAAUCAAGAAACAACAACAGUAUCGAACACUUGUUGAAUGAUCUUAACAACCCCCUUGAGUUUCCAAAUCUACAAAAACCACCCCCAUCUCCACAAAGUUUACCAAUCUCACCCCUGUCUGUUCUUGGAGGAUUACAAGAUCCACCACCCAACAACCACCACCACCACCACCACCACCACCACAACCAGCUGAAACAGCUUCAGGGAAAGCAGCAAUCUUUCGGUAUUUCAAGAUGUACAACUUCUAAUGCACAAAGUACAAGGUCUAAAAAAAGGAAAAAUCAGAUGAAAAGGGUUUGUCAAGUGCCUGCUGAGGGAUUAUCUUCCGAUGUGUGGUCAUGGAGAAAAUACGGUCAAAAACCCAUCAAAGGUUCUCCAUAUCCAAGAGGAUACUAUAGAUGUAGUACUUCAAAGGGUUGUUUGGCCCGAAAACAAGUGGAGCGAAAUAGAUCCGACCCGGAUAUGUUCAUCGUCACCUACACCGGCGAACACAGCCACCCAGUUCCGACUCACCGGAAUUCUUUAGCUGGAAGCACCAGAAACAAACCCACAACUUCCGGCGACGACGUCGACACCAACAAAACCAAACCCACUUCAUCUCCGCCGGUUUCUCCGCCAGCCAGCCAGUCUCCGGCGACGGAGAAGGCGGAGGAUAACGACACCGACGAUGACAACUUCGAUAUGGUAAUGGAAAUGGACGACACCUUCUUUGAAGGCUUGGAUGAGCUCGUCGGCCCAGUUACUCCGACGACAUCAACGGCGUCGCCACCUUUCCCGUGGCUGUCGAACAAGAUCGUCGCCACCACGAGCACCACCGCAGCCGGCGGAAGUUGACUUUUUAUGGGGGUGGUGACGUUUGCAUGAUGGGAUGAUAUGCGUUUCUUCUUGCUGACUUUUUCUUUCUUUCAUAGUGUUUCUUUUUGUUCUUUUUUACUUUUUUUUAGAGAGAGAAAGAGGAGAGAGAGAGAUGGUAAAAAAUAUGGGUUUUUUUUAAUGGAAAUUAAUAGAAAUAGCGAUUUUAACGCUUUUGAUUCA